GCAUUUACAACCUUAUAGCCGUCUGGAGUGUCCGCAAGCGUGUGGCAAAGUUCAUACACAGCAUUGUUGAUCAUGGACCCAAAAGCCAGUGGACUCACCCAGAGGUUGGCUGAUGCCGGCCAGUCUCACCUCCUGCAGUUCUGGAAGGAGCUGAGCCCUGAGGAGCAGGCUGACUUGACCCGUGACCUGCAGGGGAUGGACUUUCAAGAAAUCAAUGGAUUCUUCAAGAACGCCAUGGAGACAUCCGGCAGCAGCAAACAUGAAAAGAUGGAUGCCCGCAUGGGGCCGGUGCCCCGGGAGGUGCUGGGGAGUGUGACGAGGGACAGGGAGUGUCUGAAAGACUGGGAGGUAGCAGGUCUGGACUGUAUCUCUCAGAGUAAAGUGGCAGCCUUGCUGCUGGCUGGAGGCCAGGGAACCAGACUGGGGGUCUCUUACCCCAAAGGCAUGUACGAUGUGGGGCUGCCAUCCCACAAAACCCUCUUUCAGAUUCAGGCUGAACGCAUCUUGAAGCUGCAACAGCUGGCUGAGCAAAAGCACAAAAUCAAGUGCUGUAUUCCCUGGUACAUCAUGACCAGCGGCAGGACAAUGGAGUCCACCAAGGAGUUCUUCUCGCAACGUAACUAUUUUGGCUUGGACAAGAACAACAUCAUCUUCUUCACGCAGGGGAUGCUACCAGCUAUGGACUACAGCGGCAAGAUCAUCCUGGAGAACAAAGGGAAACUUUCCAUGGCUCCUGAUGGGAACGGAGGUCUUUACAGAGCCUUGGGCAACCAGGGCAUCAUCAAUGACAUGGAGCGGAGGGGGAUUGGGUACAUCCAUGUAUAUUGUGUAGAUAACAUCCUGGUCAAAGUGGCCGACCCCUCCUUUGUUGGUUUCUGCGUGCAGAAGGGAGCGGACUGUGGAGCUAAGGUGGUGGAGAAAACCAAUCCAACAGAGGCGGUGGGCGUGGUCUGCAAGGUGGAUGGACUUUAUCAGGUGGUUGAGUAUAGUGAGAUCACCCUGGCAACUGCUGAGAAGCGCAGCGAUGACGGCCGACUGAUGUUCAAUGCAGGAAACGUAGCCAAUCACUUCUUCAGCUUUUCCUUCCUCAAAGACGUUGUGCAGAAGUAUGAGCCAAAGCUGCAGCACCAUGUGGCCCAGAAGAAGAUCCCAUUUGUGAAUGCACAGGGUCAACUAAUCAAACCGGACAAACCAAAUGGAAUUAAAAUGGAAAAAUUUGUCUUUGACAUCUUUCAGUUUGCCAAGAUGUUCGUCGUGUACGAGGUGCUUAGGGAGGACGAAUUCUCCCCGCUGAAGAACGCGGACAGUCAGGAUGCAAAGGACACGCCCACCACAGCCAGACACGCCCUCAUGUCCCUCCACCACCGUUGGGUGCUUAACGCUGGGGGCCACUUCAUUGACGAGAAUGGCAGACGCGUGCCCUAUAUACCCAGAGACGGACCAGCAGGCAGUGUCACAGAUGAUGGAAAGAGAAACCUGAAGGAUGGGACAGACCUACCAAUCAAAUGUGAGAUCUCCCCACUCGUGUCCUACGGGGGAGAGGGUCUUGAAGAGUUGGUGAAGGGACGAGAGUUUCAUCCAACACUGAUGAUUGAUGAGAAUGGAGUCCACGAGCUGGUGAAAAAUGGAGUUUAGAGAAUGGAGGCGAAAGAGAGAGAAAGAGAGACAAUCCAAAGACCGAACCUCCUUUUGUCUCUCAGCGGUUGUAGGGAGAAACUGUGAUGUCAUCGCUGUGCAAUAACAAUGACAUGUGCAUGUGUUUAUGAAAGAGGCUGAAUGAACGUAUCGUUUAUGUUUUAAGUUUUCUUCGCUUUGUAUGUUGAUGCCAUACUUCAUAUUUGUUUUGAAGAGCACUUGAACACAGCAUGAAAUGAAGGACAAGAUCCCUGUUGUGCUGACUGGCAGGUGCAUCUAUUUAUUUUGCGUAUGAGACUUAUUUUUAUAUGUACUGAUAGAAGCUAUAUAGGUGGAAAUUACCAUCUACUCAUUUUACCUAGUGAUUUUUAUACAACAUUGGUCUGAGAUGAAAUGAUCAGAAAGAUGUUUCUUGUAAUCAAGGUACAUGGUCUGGGCUGUGGGGGGUAUUUAUAAUAUCUACUUCUUUUCUGCCUGUAAAUCAUUGAAGAUUAGGUUAUUAUUCAGCUUUAAGAGAUGUUAUGAUUUAUAUCAUCUUUAUUAAAGACAUUUCUGA